AUGUCUCACAGUAAAACAGACUCCUUAAAUUUUUAUAAAUAUUUGUGUCAAAAGAUUGGAUCAAGGGCAAUAGUAAAAGGAAGACGUCUGAUAUAUAUAAGUAGAGACCUUGGAAGUUCCGACACAUUUACUCCUCACAUUGCCAGUGGAAGUAAAGGGGAGGGACUGGAUCUUAAAGGUAGUGAUUUUGAUGUAAUGAUAAUUAGUCCUUUAUAUGUAGUAUAUAAAUCAGAUAAAGAUGUUGUCCAGGAUUGGAGGACAGUGUUAUUAAUGGAUACUGAGGACUCACCACCGUGUUUUACACAACUACAAUUAUAUACCAAUGUUAAUAAUUUACCAAACUUCUUAAAACAACAGCUACAACAACACAGAGGUAAACACCUACUUUCAAGUGAGCUUUACAAAUCACAUAUGAUAGAACAAAUGCAAGCUUUUUAUUCAGGAUUCAAACUAAAUAUUCAUGGUCCAUGUUUGUCUGAUAUAAAUGAUAAGAUGGAUUUUGCAAUCUGCCUUAAAUGUGACCAGUGGGUAUCUCAAGCCCAACCCUGGAUCUCAAGACCACGUUUAAUAUGGCCUUCACCUGAACUUAUUUCCAAAAUAACGUUAUGUGGUACUUUAUUUGUUCCAAUAGGCAACAAGGGAUCCGUAAAUGAGAAUCUUCAGUGGCGAAUAUCAUUUUCUGUUGCAGAGAAGAUAUUGAUAUAUUCUUUCAGUCAUACCCAGUUACUAUGCUAUGCUUUGUUAAAGAUAUUAUUGAAAGAAAUAGUGAAUGAAGAGGGAGACUUAAAAGGUUUAUUGUGUUCAUACUUUCUGAAGACUCUUAUGUUUUGGAUAUCCGAAGCAAAUGAAACAUCAGUCUGGAGACCCGACAAUAUCAUUCCCUGUUUUAUGGGCUGUUUAAAAAGGUUAUUAUACUGUAAAGAAUAUUCAACGCUGUUACAUUAUUUCAUUCCUGAUAACAACUUGUUUUAUUUGAGGUUUAACAAUAAACAAAGGAACACAUUAAUCAACUUCCUAAAACAAUCAUGCCAAAAAGGAAUUAUGUUUUUCUCCUCAUCUCUGACUUUACAUGAUUACAGAAGAAUUCCAUGUAAAACUACAAGAUCAGUGUGUGCAAAAAAUCUGUUUACAGGAAGCAUUAAAGGGUACUUAUCUUCAUCUAUCAAUAGAUACAAUUUAGUCUUAGUGUUCACUUUGCUAAAUCAUUGCAAAAGUGAAUUAUCCAGAUGUAUUUUUAAACUGGCAUUUGCACUACCACAUGUAUAUAACCCAAACAAUAAACAGCGAUACAAAUUCUACAAACAUAACCUCAGCCAGUUAUUGGUUGGUGUACAGUCAGAUGCAGAAUCAGGAUGGAUGUACUUGGUUUCUUUUUUCUACGGUCACAACAAUUAUUUAUCAUCAAUUGAUAUAAUCAAUUACACUUUGUCAAAAUAUACAGAUGAAUCAUGUUUGUCAAAGUUUUCACUAAAACAGACAGACACACAGAAGCUGAUAUCACUAAUACCAUCUCCAUAUGUAGUACUUCGCAAGGGUAAUUCAGUCAUCCCAAUGGAACUGAAGUCGCCUCAGCCCUUUGAUUUAUUUAUAGCUGUAAGUGCCAUACCUUUUGCACAUUUCCUCCGUUUUUUGUGUUGUUACCAUUUACAUGACUUUAGAACAAGUCGGUAUUGUAUAAGCAAGUUAUCAGAAACGGUAAUUGAAUACAAUCACUCAAGAGAACAAAAACCGAUUGCAAUUUUAUAUAAUUUUCUUUUACUGGGAAUAGCUUUACAGAUGUUAGGAGAAACAUAUUUAGCAAGAAAAUAUUUUCGUAUGGCUGCACAGUAUGAUCAGUAUUGUGUAACAUCUGCUACAUUUAGACUGCGUCAAUUCUCCUGA